AAGUCGAUUACUUCAUCAACAAACAAACCAAAAAGACCAACCCAUCGAAAACAAAAAGGAAACAAAAGAUGGGUCCAGUCUCAAGUUCUUGGAGCUUCAACAAAUUCUUUGCUAUAGUUUUCGUCGUCUUCGCUAUCUCUGGUGAGUUUGUCGCCGGAUAUUACAAGCCCAGCCCGUGGAGAUACGCUCAUGCCACUUUCUACGGCGACGAAACCGGUAGUGAAACCAUGGGUGGUGCAUGUGGGUAUGGAAACCUGUUUAGCAGCGGAUACGGCUUGGCCACAGCGGCGCUAAGCACGACGUUGUUCAAAGACGGUUACGGAUGCGGCCAAUGUUUCCAAAUAAUGUGUGUGAAGUCGAAACAUUGUUACUAUGGAAACCCAUCGACGGUGGUCACAGCCACAAACCUUUGCCCUCCUAAUUGGUACCAAGACUCCAAUAAUGGUGGUUGGUGUAACCCUCCUAGAACCCAUUUCGAUAUGGCUAAACCGGCUUUCAUGAAACUCGCUAACUGGAAGGCCGGUAUCAUCCCUGUUGCAUACCGCAGAGUCGCAUGCAAAAGGAGUGGAGGUAUGAGGUUUCAGUUCCAAGGCAAUGCUUAUUGGCUUCUCAUCUUCGUCAUGAAUGUUGGCGGUGCCGGAGACAUAAAGAGCAUGGCCGUGAAAGGUAGUCGGACUAAUUGGAUAAGCAUGAGCCACAACUGGGGGGCUUCUUACCAAGCCUUUUCCUCUCUCUAUGGUCAGUCCCUCUCUUUCCGGGUCACUUCUUACACAACCGGUGAAACCGUCUAUGCUUGGAACGUUGCUCCGUCUAACUGGAAUGCUGGUAUGACUUACAAGAGUAGCGCCAAUUUCCGCUGAACUUACGGUUUUUCUCUUGCAAUGUUUUCUCCCUUUUGUCUGUCUUUUUGUUGCUUUUGGGAUUUAAGUUUCGGUGGCCUUUUUGUUGUGGUAUUAUAUAGAUAGGCCCGGCUUUGUGAUAUGCAUCUAC